UAUAUAUAUAUAUAUGUUUUGAUGUUUAUUAACCUUAGCGUUUAUACGCAAUCGUAUACGUAUCGUUGACAGUAUAUUAUCGGUAUAUAUUAUACGCAAUGCCAUUGUUUUCGAACAAGUUUUCUCCUAAAAAGACUCCUACAAGAAAAGUGGGAGUUUUUUUAGCGAACAAGAAUUUCAGUCCAAAACGUAUAGAAAAAGAACUCGGUCCUAAUAUUGGUCCUAUACGUUUAAAAUUGGGAGAUCAAGAAACUGUUUUCGAAUCUGGUUCAUGGAUUCCAGAAUCAGGCAAAAUCGGAGGCACAUAUAAAGAAAAUGAAAAAUUAAAAAAGGAAAUAAAGAGAUUGGAAGAUGAAAAUAAUUUAUUGAAAUUAAAAUUUGAAGUACUUCUUGAUAUGUUAACACAAACAACAGCAGAAUGUCAUUCGCAGAAGGAACAACUAAACGAAUUGAAACAGAUGUUACCAUAUGAUAAAAGCAGAGACGAAGAUACUUGAUAUGAAGAUACAAGAUCAUGAUUCAUUCUUUUUUCAUGUCAUAUUAAAUUUUGGAUUUAA